UCGUGAACAAACACACCGACAAGGUUGAAUGAAGAUUAUAAAUCAAAUAUCAGAAAUUCAGACGUAUAAAUUUUGUAUCAUAUUUCCAGUCACUGUAUUUGAAAAAGUGAAAAAUGAAAAUAAUUGUUGUUCUUUGGAUUCUUGUUUUGGUUUGUAACGUUCAAACCGAAAAAAAUAAUCAUGAUAAUGAUCCAGAGAAUUUUGAAAAUAAUAAUUACAAAAGCGCAGCCGUGAUUCGAGUAAUUUUAAAUAAUGGAAAACAAAUUGAUCAAUUAUUACCGUUAAAACAACAUAUGAAUGUUGAUUUUUGGCAAGAACCAGCGCCCAUCAAUAAUUUUACAGCUCAUAUAAUGAUAACAUCACAAAAUCGUGAUAAAGUUAACAAAUAUCUUCAAAAUCGACACAUUCGAUCUGAAAUAUUGCAUUCAAAUGUUGAAACAUUGAUUGAAAAUGAACGAAAGGCAUUAAUUAAAGCUGAUCAUUUAUUUCAAUUAAUUAAUGCUAAUAAUAAAGUUGGCAAUACUAGUGAAGCAAUUGCUGGAUUCUGGACUAAAUACCAUCGUUAUGAAGAUAUUAAUCGAUUUAUGGACGAACUAAGUAAAAAAAGUAAUAAUCUUGUGGAGAAAUUUGUUUUAGGUGAAUCUUAUGAAAAAAGAACAAUAUAUUACAUACGCAUUAGUGAUUCAAAAGAAAGUGAAAAACCUGUCAUCUACAUUCAAGGAGGAAUUCAUGCACGUGAAUGGAUCUCAACGGCUGUGGUAACCUACUUUGCUCAGCAAUUAGUCAAUGGUGUUAUAAAUUCCGAUCUGAAUACACUUCAAUUGAUAAAAAAAUUCGAUUUCUAUAUUACACCAGUAUUAAAUGUUGAUGGUUAUGAAUAUAGCCACAUACAAAGACGCCUUUGGAGAAAAACGCGAUCAAUAAAUGGACGAUCGAUUUCUGAUUGUCGCGGGGUAGAUCCAAAUCGAAAUUAUGACUUUCAUUGGGGUAAAAAAGGAAGUAGUAGUUAUCUGUGUUCAGAGACCUAUUCAGGGAAAAAAGCAUUUUCUGAACCAGAAAUACGAGCAGAAGCUGAUUUUAUAAAGAAAAAAUUGGGAAAACGUGUUAAAGUAUAUAUAGCUGUUCAUUCUUAUAAUCAAUUAUGGCUCUAUCCUUGGGGACAUGAGAUAAAAAAUUCACCACAUGUUGAAAAACUGAGUGAAAAGGCCAAAAUCGCUACGGAAGCUUUAUAUAAACGGUAUAAAACCAGAUUUCAAUAUGGAAGUUCGGCUCAAGUUUUAUAUGUUUCAUCAGGAGAAAGUAUUGAUUGGGCACAUGGAAAGGCAUCAAUACCAUAUGCAUACCAAGUAGAAUUGAGGGAUACAGGUGAAUAUGGAUUUCUAUUACCACCGGAUCAAAUUCGACCAAGCGGAGAAGAAAUAACAGAUGCAUUCAAGGCAAUGUUCUUGUCAAUCAGUAAAGAAUUAUAGUAGUUAUAUGUAUUUUAUGGGUGAAAAAACUCAUGAUAAAUAAAUUGAAAAAAAAAUGCGUAAUAUAUCUAACCAUUGACCUUAUCAAUAAUCGAACGAUUUGUCUGUCAUGUAAUUGUAUGUGUGUGUGUAUCGGAAAUUUUUCAAUCAAUUCAUAAAUCAAUAAAUUUUAUUGUGAAUCACA